AUGGCUUCUGUGGGGACGACGCCAAACGACAACGAAGGUCUCGAGCUUCAGCACCCGACGACCACUGCGGAUGAGGGCCAGCACACCACAGACCCGCCUCUACAGCAGCAGCGGGACCAUGACUAUCCCACGGGGCUGCGGUUUGUCCUUUUGACCAUUGGACUGGUGUUUACUAUUUUCCUGUCGGCCCUGGACACGUCGAUCAUCUCGACCGCCAUCCCCAGGAUCACGGAUCAGUUCGGCACAGUCAAGGACGUGGGCUGGUACGGGUCGGCUUACACCAUCACCAACGCGGCUUUUCAAUCAACCUGGGGCAAAGCUUACAAGUACUUCCCGUUCAAAUGGACCUUCUUGCUCACCGUCUUCAUCUUCGAGCUGGGCAAUGUGAUAUGUGCCGUGGCUCCCGACAGCUCAGUCUUGAUCUUGGGCAGAGUCAUUGCCGGAAUGGGCGGUGGAGGAGCCAUGGCAGGAGCAUUCAUCAUUAUCGCCUUCAGUGCAAAACCACAGUACAGAGCCGCGUACAUGGGAGUACUAGGGGUAACGUUUGGGUGCGCGAGUGUGGUUGGGCCUCUACUGGGCGGUGUCUUCACCGACGGACCUGGCUGGAGAUGGUGCUUCUGGAUAAGUUUGCCCGUCGGGGCUUUGGCUGCGGCUACCACGGCGCUCACCGUCAAGGUGCCGUCGGUGCCUGAGGCCAUACAGGUGCCCCUGAAGGAGAAGCUGAUCUCGCUAGAUCUCACUGGCAGCCUGCUUGUCUUGGGUUCGAUGGUUUGCCUCGUGCUCGCACUGGACACAGGAGGAAUCUCAUCACCGUGGAGCAGCUGGCAUGUCAUCACCAGCUUGGCAGGAUUUGUGGCUCUGCUUGUUGUUUUCAGCAUCAAUGAGUGGCAGAUGGGCAGUCGAGCCAUGAUCCAGACCCAUCUGUUGAAGAAACGGUCAAUUGUUGUCAGCCUGGGUUUUCAGUUUUUGAUUGCCGGCCUAUUCUUUCCGCUGUCGUUCGCCCUGCCUAUCCAGUUCCAGUCUGUCGGCAAUGCAUCCGCAUCAGAAAGUGGGCUUCGACUGAUCCCUCUGAUCCUGGCCGUCUCUGCGUGUACCUUCGUGGCCAACGGGCUACUGACCUUCUGGCGGCACUACACGCCUUUCCUCGUGAUAGGCGCCGUCGCGGGAACUCUCGGGGUGGUCAUGGUUCACACGCUGGACGCCAACGCUGGUCUCGGGUCGUGGAUAGGCUUCGAGAUCCUGACGGGUAUGGGCGUGGGUCUUGCAUUGCAGGUGCCUAUGAUCAUGAAUCAGGCGGCGGUGGGAGUCGAGGAUAUGGCAGCCGUGACCUCGUUGACGCUGUUCUGCGAGAACGUGGGAGCCUCGAUCUUCAUCGCCGCAACCGAAGCUGCCUUCACCAACGGACUAGUCUCGGCAUUAGGGCACAAUGUGCCCCAGGUGAACCCUGAGACGGUGGUCAAUACGGGAGCCACCGAAAUCCGGCGACUGUUUGGCAAGAAGCAUCUCCAGGGGAUCCUGAUGUCGUACCUACAAGGCUGCAAGGACAGUCACCUGGUGCCGAUGGCGUGUGGAUCAGCUGCCACGCUGUUGUCGAUAGUGGUUGCGGUGCCGUCGGUGAGCCAGUCAUGGGAGAAGUGGAAGCACAAAGCGCAUUCUCGGUAG